AUGCCUGCCGAAAUCCCAGAUGCCGAUCCCGAUGAGCCCGUCGAGACCAAGCCCUUCAAGUUCGUGACUGGCUUUGACGCCCGUUUCCCCAACCAGAACCAGACCAAGCACUGCUGGCAAAACUACGUUGACUACUACAAGUGCGUCAACGCCAAGGGAGAGGAGUUCAAGCCCUGCAGACAGUUUUUCCUUGCUUUCCGAUCUCUCUGCCCCAAGUCCUGGACCGACCGAUGGGACGACCAGAGAGAGUCCGGCAACUUCCCUGCUCGCCUCGACUGA